UAUGGCCUAUAAACUUUAAAAACACCCUCCCUGCCGUCAGUUGUCAUUUCAGUGCUGCCGAUUGCAGCCCCACUCUAUACCAUUCAACUCCUGUUCAUCAGAUCAGUUUUCCAAAGAUCAGUAUCAGGAUCACCAGAUUCCUGCUCCAGCAUCACCAUCAGCAUCACCACGCGCCUCCAUCACGAGUCUUUCACCAUCAUCGGACUCCAACUCAUUUGAGAGUCUCUCGAGAGUCACACCACGUUUAGAGUUGACAUUUUCCUCAUCUCCAUCAAGAUACACAAAGCAGAAGUAUUUGAGAAACCCCCGCUGAGAAAGGACAAGCCAUGCUCUCCUUUUCACUUCCAUCCCCCCUCUACCUGAGUCUCCUCCUAUUUCUGUUAUACCACUCCCCUGUUCUCUCCUGUAAGACUGGGACACGCAGCGAAUGUGAGUCCGCUGCCUUUGUACCAGGCUACAACUUGGUGGGUGAGGGCUUUGAUGUCGUCACCAUGCAGCGGAAAGGAGCCUUCAUGAUUGAUUUCAUACCAAAAGACAACUGUACUCUCUGUUCCAACCCUUUUCAAGACAACAAGCUGCAGAAACUCCCUUCCUCUGGAACUGACUGGCGUGCAUCCAAUCAGUGCAAGGAGUACAACAGUAAACACACAGCUGUUAGCUCACUGAUGAACAAAUACACCGCUGAGGAGUUGUCAGGCAACAACUGGCAGGUUGGCCUAAAUUUAGGGGAGUCUGCCAACCUGCAGCUGCAAGGAACACUUUCCAAAGUGUAUAAGUUUGCUACAGAAAGGACCAGUGAAGACGAGUACACCUUCAGCACACACAGAAUCACCUGUACCUAUUACAGUUUCCGUGUGUCAUGCCAACCAUCUCUCAGUGCCGAGUUCAAAAGUGAUCUGGAAAGUCUGCCUAGUACAUAUGGUCCCGCCACCAAGGAACAGUACAGGAUGCUCAUUGAAACCUACGGCACACAUUAUAUCUACCAGGUUAAACUUGGGGGACGUCUCAGGCGAGUCAUAGCUGUACGUACCUGUUUGACCAAACUGAACGGGCUCUCUUCAGAUGAGGUGAACAGCUGCUUUUCACUGGGUAUCAAACUUGGCCUAGGGAAAAUCAGUCCAUCGGCUAUCAGUGAGACUUGCUCCAAAGUCCUCCAGAACCAGGACCUCACCGCCUUGUACAGCUCCCGUCUCUAUGCAUAUCACACAGAGGUGGCAGGAGGCACAGGAUGGGUGGGGGAGUUUUCACUCACCCAUAACAACUCUGUGGGCUUCAUGAAUUGGCUGGAAACGCUCAAAGAUCACCCUGAUGUUGUUGAGUACUUCCUUGUACCAAUGUACAGACUUGCACCACACAGACCACAGCUGAAAGAGGCCAUUGAGGAGUACAUAAAAGACAACGCUGUAAGAAAUUCAAACAGCAAAACAUGCACGCAGAGCCCUAACCUGGAUUCCAGUUGUUGUCCUAAACAAGCUUGGAGGGGAACACUGGAGGUGACCAUCAUCAGAGCCUGGGGUUUGAAAGGAGAUCUAACUGGCAAGACCGAAGGGUAUGCUAAGCUGUUCUUCGGUGGUUUCAGUGAAAGGACCAGAAUGAUCAGGUCAAACGACCCCCAAUGGAAUGAACGUUUUCAACUGGGCAAUGUGGACACGCACUCGAAUCUGUAUAUCGAAAUAUGGGACUUGGAUGUGAAGCACGAUGACCUCCUGGGGUCAUGUCAGAGGUCUCUGAUGCAGGGGACACACAGUCACACCUGCCACAUGAGAAUAGGCAGCUUCCAAUUCAGGUACACCUUGACCUGCGACCGUCACCUGACUGGAACCAUGUGCAACCAGUACACACCCACUCCGGUGUGAGAAAGGCAUUCUGAGGACCACACUGUUCUCUCAUGAAGUGUGAUAUCAGAUCUGUUAAUUACGUUCUUUACAUUGUCACUGAAUAUCCCAAAGGUUGUCAUUGAAUAUAUCCCAGGGUUUUUUCAGAAAUAUCAGCUAUCAACAGUUAUGUGUUGCAGUGGGGUUAAAUUAGUGGUUAGAAGUAUAUUUACAUUAUAAUGUAAGUUAUGUGUUUACUACUUAAAACACAAGUUGAGAGUGAAUGUACUUUUCUCAGAGGUGGGGCUAUCCUUUACAUAUUCAUCACAGA